AUGCUGCCCUUCCAGAAGCUGCUACAGAUUGUUCUCGCUGCGGUUGCCCUCUCGCCAUAUUCGCUGGCUGCACCCUGGCCCACGGACGCGAAACACGCAACACAUCGUGUUCACCUCAUCGGUCGGGGCGAAUCAGCUCUACAGAUCGAGUCCUUCGCCCCAGCGUCAAAGUUCGAGACGUAUGGCACGGACGGUAUCGACCAUCCGUUGGCGAAGCGGGACGGCUUCGAUCUGCAGAGCGCAGCGAAGUCCUUCACGGCUUCCAAGCUCGAUGUCAGCGCGGAUGAUAUACAAUACAACACGGGCUACUCCGCCGACGUGACCCACCAUGCGUUCAUCAAGCAACAAGCGAAUGGUGUCUCUUUCGCUAACGCUGUUGCCAAUGUUGCAUUCAACAAGGAUGGCAAAGUGACCUCCUUCGGCAGCUCCUUCGUCGAUACGUCUGCCAUUGCACCAUCUACUCCGUCUGUGGCCGUGGAAGAUGCGAUCAAAACAGCAGAGGCCGCUCUGGGCGCCUCUGCUAGUGAUCAAACGUCUUUAUUGCAGUAUCUUGCAUUGUCCGACGGUUCCAUUGCCCUCACGCAUGUAGUGCGAAUUCAAGACGACGCAAAAGGGAUCGCGGUUGACGCCUUUGUUGACGCGCACACCAAUAAGCUAGUAUCGGUCGUGAACUUUGUCACGCAGCUCACUUACCGCGUUCUCCCCAUUCAGGAAGAGAUAAUCACUCAGGGCUUCCAGGAUCUGCAAGAUCCCGAGAACGCGGCGUCAUCACCGCUUGGCUGGGUGACCGACUCUGACACCGCCGGCAACAAUGCCAUCUCAUACAAAUCGGAUGCAUCAGCUGUUGCGGGAGAGACUUCCACCGGCUCGUUCGUCUACACCGCCGACCCCACACAAGACCCAACUACUACUGAGAACGUAAACGCCGCUAUCGUCAAUGCCUUUUACGUUGUGAACACAGUACACGAUAUCUCCUAUCUCUACGGUUUCACGGAGGCGGCGUACAACUUCCAAAACGACAACCAGGGCAAGGGUGGCAAGGGCGGCGACCGUGUCAUGAUCAGCGUGCAAGACUCCCUCGGGACAGAUAACGCUGCAUUCACCACGUUCCCGGAUGGCAUGAGUGGGAUCAUGCGCAUGUUCCUAUGGGAUUACACCAACCCUGAACGUGACGGCGCGCUCGAGAAUGACAUUGUGUCUCAUGAGGCAACCCACGGCAUUACGAACCGCAUGACUGGCGGCGGCACUGCUAGCUGCUUACAGGCGACCGAAGCCGGUGGUAUGGGCGAGGGCUGGUCGGAUGCAAUGGCGGACUGGCUUGAGAAUGACUCUAAGAUCGAUGACUUUAUCAUGGGUCAGUAUGUGACGAACCAGUCGGAUGGAUACCGCUCGUACCCGUACUCGCGCUCAGCAACAACAAACCCGCUGGACUACAGUAGUCUACAGACGCUGACCGAAGUUCACGACAUCGGCGAGGUCUGGGCCAACAUACUACACAAUGUUCUUGCCGCGCUCGUUGAUGCGUUGGGCUUCUCCACGAUUGCGAAGACCGACGCGAGCGGCACGGAGGGCAACGUUGUAUUUAUGCACCUCAUGCUUGAUGCCCUCCCGUUGCAACCGUGUAAUCCGACUUUCCUCAGCGCGCGCGACGCCAUCAUCCAGGCCGAUGCAAACCGCUAUGCAGGUGCAAAUAAAUGCACGCUCUGGAAAGCAUUUGCGAGCAGAGGACUCGGUGUCAACGCUCAGGACCAUGUCAACGAUGCAACGGUUCCUUCGAAUUGUUAG